UGAACCUCAAAUUUGCCACAUCAUUGCGAAGCGGAACAAGCAGGUGGUUAGGUAGAGGAUUGGUUCGAGGCAGGCCUUCUCAAUUUCAGUCUAACACAUGUGUCUGAAAGUCAGCUGUGUGAUUAUACACAUAUCUACCCUUACUCUAUGGGGUGGCUUCUCGGAUCUUAUUUGUUCGAAUCUGGUUCUUCAUUAUGGGAUUAUCUCAAGUUGUUCUGGGAAGACCGAAAAAUUGACUCAUGGCUUAAAAGUCUUCUCGGCCCCGGAGGAACUGAGACUUUGAAAAACAAACUUACUAUGACUGCCACUGUUCACCGUGCUUACGGAGCAUGUUUCUUUUAUGACUUUGACCGCUCGGGUUCUAGAUAUAUCAUUUCUAGCAAGGAGAUGCAGCACCGGAUUGCUUGUACAUGGGUUUUAUCAUAGUCUACCUAUCUUUGCUCUAUCUUUAAUAAAACUCUCAGGC